GAACUAAAACCAGGAACCAAGACCAAGAACCAAGACCAGGAACCAAGACCAGGAACCAAGACCAGGAACCAAAACCAGGAACCAAGACCAAGAACCAAGACCAGGAACCAAGACCAGGAACCAAGACCAGGAACCAAGACCAAGAACCAAGACCAGGAAUCAAGACCAGGAACCAAGACCAAGAACCAAGACCAAGAACCAAGACCCAGAACCAAAACCAGGAACCAAGACCAAGAACCAAGACCAGGAACCAAGACCAGGAACCAAGACCAAGAACCAAGACCAAGAACCAAGACCAGGAACCAAGACCAAGAACCAAGACCAAGAACCAAGACCAGGAACCAAGACCAAGAACCAAGACCAAGAACCAAGACCCAGAACCAAAACCAGGAACCAAGACCAAGAACCAAGAACAAGAACCAAAACCAGGAACCAAGACCAAGAACCAAGACCAGGAACCAAGACCAAGAACCAAGACCAAGAACCAAGACCAGGAACCAAGACCAAGAACCAAGACCAGGAAUCAAGACCAGGAACCAAGACCAAGAACCAAGACCAUGAACCAAGACCAAGAACCAAGACCAGGAAUCAAGACCAGGAACCAAGCCCAAGAACCAAGACCAAGAACCAAAACCAGGAACCAAGACCAAGAACCAAUACCAGGAACCAAGACCAGAAACCAAGACCAGGAACCAAGACCAAAAACCAAGACCAAGAACCAAGACCAUGAACCAAGACAAGGAACCAAGACCAGGAACCAAGACCAAGAACCAAGAACCAAGACCAACACUAAUAACAAAAUAAAUACCAAAACCAAGACCACAACCAAGACUUUGAUCAGCACCAGUGGCUCCGUUACAUUUGCCGGAUCGAACCAGUGA